AUGAGCUCGACAAACGCAGGCAACCUCGAUGCCUCUUCAGUGGCCAACAUCGUAAGUGCCAACUUCAAGGCCUACAACUUCAACUUCAAGAACACCUAUGGCUCCAGGGCUAAAGCCGUUGCUGUAACAGCCAAUGGCGACAAGCAGGGUUUCUACGGAUGCGGAUUCUACGGUUAUCAGGAUACUCUACUUGCCAAAAAUGGCAAGCAGUACUAUUCCAACUGCUACAUGGAGGGCGCCGUUGAUUAUAUCUUGGGGAAUGCUGCUGCUUGGUUUGGCGAAUGCACUACUGCAAGCAAUGGCGGCGGCGCCAUCACUGCCACUUCCCGACAGGAUCCAGCUGAUGCUUCCCGCUAG